AUGCAGCGAGUGCAAUCUCCCGAGAUAGUGCUGGAUGACGUGCCUGCGGUGAGGGUGGCGGGACGGCCUCCAUUCGCUCCGCGGGUGGCCUUCAUGGUGAACAAAACACAUGACCCCGAGUACCCGAGGCGGAAGGUGUCCGGCAUCAGUGCUCAGAAAGUUGUUCCACCUUCCACCAAGAUGCUGGAUGAGGAGGACACUGACAAAGACGGGAUGAGUUUGGAGGUCGACACUCCAGUGACGAACCAUCGGGGUGACGACGACGAUGACGAAGAAGAUCUCCCCGAGAUAGUGCUGGAUGACGUGCCUGCGGUGAGGGUGGCGGGACGGCCUCCAUUCGCUCCGCGGGUGGCCUUCAUGGUGAACAAAACACAUGACCCCGAGUACCCGAGGCGGAAGGUGUCCGGCAUCAGUGCUCAGAAAGUUGUUCCACCUUCCACCAAGAUGCUGGAUGAGGAGGACACUGACAAAGACGGGAUGAGUUUGGAGGUCGACACUCCAGUGACGAACCAUCGGGGUGACGACGACGAUGACGAAGAAGAUCUCCCCGAGAUAGUGCUGGAUGACGUGCCUGCGGUGAGGGUGGCGGGACGGCCUCCAUUCGCUCCGCGGGUGGCCUUCAUGGUGAACAAAACACAUGACCCCGAGUACCCGAGGCGGAAGGUGUCCGGCAUCAGUGCUCAGAAAGUUGUUCCACCUUCCACCAAGAUGCUGGAUGAGGAGGACACUGACAAAGACGGGAUGAGUUUGGAGGUCGACACUCCAGUGACGAACCAUCGGGGUGACGACGACGAUGACGAAGAAGAUCUCCCCGAGAUAGUGCUGGAUGACGUGCCUGCGGUGAGGGUGGCGGGACGGCCUCCAUUCGCUCCGCGGGUGGCCUUCAUGGUGAACAAAACACAUGACCCCGAGUACCCGAGGCGGAAGGUGUCCGGCAUCAGUGCUCAGAAAGUUGUUCCACCUUCCACCAAGAUGCUGGAUGAGGAGGACACUGACAAAGACGGGAUGAGUUUGGAGGUCGACACUCCAGUGACGAACCAUCGGGGUGACGACGACGAUGACGAAGAAGAUCUCCCCGAGAUAGUGCUGGAUGACGUGCCUGCGGUGAGGGUGGCGGGACGGCCUCCAUUCGCUCCGCGGGUGGCCUUCAUGGUGAACAAAACACAUGACCCCGAGUACCCGAGCGGAAGGUGUCCGGCAUCAGUGCUCAGAAAGUUGUUCCACCUUCCACCAAGUGAAUGA